AUAACGCGUGCACGGGGACACUCGGGGAAAGUGUAUCCACAAGAUAGAGAGGACACACGCCAAUUUUUUUUUUAAAAGACCACCGGAGAGUUGAAGUCAUCGCGAACUUGAAUCUCGUGGAGCCGUUUGAAAGCGAAAAGGACACGUGAGAGACGAUGGCUGGAGGUCUGGCUGGGUAAAGUGACAGGAUGCUUUCUGAUGCCCUAUAAAUAAAUACUAUCUCAAUGAUUUCAGAGAGGGUAGAGGUCAUUUGGAGUUGUACCUGUGAGGCCUCCUGCGGGGGAAAUGUGCUGACAUCAGAGCUUUGCAUCCUGAACGGGAGGGAGAGAGAAAGAUGAGGACGAUGCUAGACUGACAAUACGGAAGACGUUCUGUUUGCAUUGCUGUUUUUUUUUUGGCUGUCAGUGUGGAGUAGAGCUGGAGGCUGCGGGGCUGCUGCGUGCUGUGGGAAGUUCCUGAGAGUCACUCAGAGACACACACUCAUACAGAAAGACUGGAUUGGCGCUCUUUCACAGAGGGAUUUAAAAAGCAGUCUUGCACCGUUGUCUCUUUGGACGGGCUUGUUUGUUGUAGCAGAACCUCAGGGAUUUGAAGGAGGCAACGACUGGGGUCGGUGCCGGCGGGAUGGUGGUGGUGUUGGCCUGGAAGGCUGUACUGCUGGUGACCGGAGUGGCAUCACUUAGCCGGGGUUCUCAUGCCAACAUGUUGGACACCAUGCUGCUGAAGAAUGGGUGGAAGGGAGGAUCGGCGCGGAGGGCGGAGGAGAGCAGCAGCACGGCCACAGUUUCAGCUCAGAACAUGCUCUGGUGUCACUGCUAUCAUCACUGCCCAGAAGACUCCGUCAACAACACAUGCAUGACUGACGGUUACUGCUUCACCAUGGUGGAGGAGGAGGAGGGGGGUCUGGCAGUGAUCACCACGGGUUGUUUGGGUCUCGCUGGCUCAGAGUUUCAAUGCAGAGACACGUGGAAUGCACGUUCCAGGAGAGCCCUCGAGUGUUGCACAGAUCAGGACUACUGCAACAGAGACUUGCACCCUACUCUUCCUCCGCUGGUGACAUCAGAUUAUGUUGACAGCAGUAUCCAGUACAUGGCUCUCUUCAUCUCAAUCACAGUCUGCAGCAUCAUCCUCGGCCUCGUCCUCAUCUUCUGCUACUUCAGAUACAAGCGGCAGGAGUCGGAGCCACGCUACAGUAUCGAUCUGGAGCAGGAGGAGACCUACAUCCCUCCAGGAGAGUCCCUGAAGGACCUGAUCGAGCACUCCCGCAGCAUCGGGUCUGGAUCUGGCUCAGGACUCCCUCUGCUGGUUCAGCGUACCAUCGCAAAGCAGAUUCAGAUGGUGAAGCAGAUCGGAAAAGGGCGAUACGGAGAGGUGUGGAUGGGCAGGUGGAGAGGAGAGCGAGUGGCUGUCAAAGUCUUCUUCACCACAGAAGAAGAGAGCUGGUUCAGAGAAACAGAGAUAUAUCAGACCUUUCUAAUGAGACAUGACAACAUACUAGGGUUCAUAGCAGCAGAUAUUAAAGGAACCGGCUCGUGGACUCAGCUGUACCUGAUAACAGACUACCAUGAGAAUGGGUCUUUAUACGACUACCUCAAGUCUAACACGUUAGACGUCAAAGCUCUGCUGAAACUGGCCUACUCGUCCAUCUCAGGCCUGUGUCACCUGCACACCGAGAUCUACGGCACGCAAGGCAAACCGGCCAUCGCACACAGAGACCUGAAGAGUAAAAACAUCCUGGUAAAAAAGAACGGAUCGUGCUGUAUAGCGGACCUUGGACUCGCUGUCAAGUUUAACAGUGACACCAACGAGGUGGAUAUUCCUCCCAACCUAAGAGUGGGUACGAAACGCUACAUGCCCCCUGAAGUGUUGGAUGAAACACUAAACAGCACCUACUUCCAGUCCUUUAUCAUGGCCGACAUGUAUAGUUUCGGCCUCAUUGUUUGGGAGAUGGCCAGACGUUGCAUAUCUGGAGGUAUUGUGGAGGAAUAUCAGCUGCCCUAUUACGACCUGGUGCCCACGGAUCCUUCCUAUGAGGACAUGAGGGAAGUCGUGUGCAUAAAGAAACAAAGACCUUCAUUUGCUAAUCGCUGGAGCAGUGAUGAGUGUCUAAGGCAGAUGGGGAAACUGAUGUCAGAGUGCUGGGCUCACAACCCGGCCUCCCGCCUCACAGCCCUGAGGGUGAAGAAGACCUUGGCGAAGAUGUUAGAAACCCAAGACAUCAAACUGUGACAGGAAGUCAAGAGAGAUGCUCUCAUCGCCACCGACUUUUCACUGCCACCGGCCCUGCGCUGCUAACACUGGCUAAUAGAAGAAAGGGAAAAAAAAAGAGGUUGUGAAUGGAAGGACAAAGGAAACAGACGGGGAGGAUGACCCAGAGAGAUAAAGGUCUACGAAGAGCUGGAAAAAAAAAAAAGAUUUAUGAUGUCAGGGGAGGUCUGCCCUCCUGAAGUCUGAGCCACCAGUUCAAGUGGUGCUUUCUGUGAAAGCUGAGUGUUGGUCGGGUCCAGGCUGUCCCUGUGGGCAGGAGGACCAGGACCCUUCAUAGCAGGAGAGGAGGACUGAAAUACCUCUGAUUGGUUCAAACAGAGGACCCUCCUGCUCUCUUUAAAGCCAUGCAGCAGUAUUCUAUGUGCAGUUUUUUGUACUGUACCAGCUGCCUUCAUUUCAAAUCUAUUCAUAAUGUCUGUCAUCCAUCCAAAGAAAUGUCUGAUUCCUGCUCAGUGACCUCACGUCCAAUGACAUUAUUAUUAUUAUUAUUUUAUUAAUAUUAAUACAAACAGAAACAAGUGAGAAGAAGUCCAUAAUAACAGAUUUAUCUAUAGAAUAUUCAUUUGAACAUUUUGUUGAAAUAAAUCCUCAGAGGUUGUAGAUUGGUGAGUUUUUGUUGAUCUUUGCAUUUUCUGCUCUAUCCUUUAACAAUUCACAUGUACAUAGUCAAAGUGAAAUCUAUUGAUAAUUAUUGCCUUGCUGGAUGUUUAAAAUGUGUUUCUGAUGAUUUAUCUGUGUACAGAAUAUGUCCCGUCCACUCUACCACUGUUGCAUUCGCCUUAUUUAACCUGUACAUAUGUGAUCUUUGAGAGUGGAUGUGGAU